GCGCAUUUCAUUCAUUCAUUCGCUCGGCGUGUCCAGACGUGCGCGGUGCUCUGUCCACAGACGGGCCACUCUCGUCCGAAUAAAACAUAGUACGUGUUGAUAUUUUAUUGUCAUCGUUGUAUUAUCGUGUUUUUUUAAUAUUGACGAUCCCAAAACAGUGGUCAUCUGUUAUUAUUGAUUUUUUUACGUUCGCCGUCCAUCAUGCGAAACCCGGCACCACCGAUAGUAUUAUAAUAUUAUUUUGUUCGUAUACCGCGGUUACCGCACGUCCGCGAUAUUAAACGGCGGCACCGCGUGAGACGACCGGAAACAUGAUCAGCUCGUUUCAGAACUUCAGCGGCGCCGCCACCGCCGCUGCAUACAACCCGAUGGCGUACAGCCACCACGCUGGCCACGGACAACAGCUUCACUCCAUGUACGGAGCCGUGGCCGCGGCCGCUCACCAGGCCGCCUACAACGCUGGCCAGCAGCCGGUGGCAUACCACCCUGCGGAUUACGGUUCACCGGUGCCGCCGCCACAGCAGCCCAGGUACUACGAGUCGCCCAACAGGCAACCGAUGACCACUCCAGAACCGCCGAACCGCAAGAAACCAGUUCCGCAACAGCCGCCCGUCCAGUUCACCAGAGUCCAAGGCGGAGUGCCCGGCGGUAAGACUUCGCUGCACGCGGUACUAGACUACGACGAAGAGGAAGAGGAAUCACUAGAUUACUACGAAGAACCGUACAGUCACAGCGGAGUGACGCCUAUUCAGGGUCCUAUAUUUUUAAGAAACGGUUCUGUGCCGGUCGUGCCAUUGUACGGCUACCAAAAAGUGAGCAACGGAUCUUUGCUGCAGAUACCGGUAUUUUGGACUGCUCUUUCAUUUGCCUUAGGAUAUGAAAUUGGAGGAGAUGUGAUUCGUGGAACCCCGUGUAUUAAAAGAAAUCACCAAUUGUUUUGUCCGACAGCAGGAAAAAGUUACCCAGUAGACCGAAUCGACAGAUUUAUCGAUGAAAACAAAGCGCUUAUGAAACGAAUGUAUGGUGAUUUCGAAAUGAUGGAGAACGGGCCGUUCCCCAAGGCAAAAAGAUCGACAGCUCGGAAAAGAAGACAGGACUCCAGUUUCUCGGACAAUCAAUCGAAACCGAAUAAGCUGCCGACCAGAGGCCAGCCUGCAGAUUCUGGAAGAGUUGACUCUUGCGAAUCUAAAGUAGAAGUGGUUACUCCGUAUUGGGCUUCGAACAGCGUGGGUAAGACUAGAGCGAUCGUUAACACCGAACACUUCGAACAAGCUAUUCAUCAAGAAGUCUGCACCAAGACGCUGACGGGGCGCUGUUCGGGAGACUGUGGGUGCGAACAAAAGUAUAAAUGGCACAGGCUUUUGGCGUACGAUCCCGACAACGACUGCAAAGGAAUAUUCAUGGAUUGGUUUUUGUUCCCGUCUUGUUGUGUGUGUCGAUGCGAUUCGGCAACCCCAAAUAGUGUUUAGCUGUUAAUCUUCCAUUGUCCGUGCAUGUCAACUUUGAACUUAUUAUUAUAUAUUAUAUACAUAUUACAUAUAGAUAUAUAUUUAUUAUCCUUUAGUAUAGCUGUUUAGGAAUAAUACCUACGCUUAUAUUAUAAUAUUUCGUAUACAUAUAGAUAUUUAUAUAUUCAGUGCCUAUUUAAUAUAAUAUGCUUAUCCACGUACGUAUGUGUAGCCUUUGUAGUAUUGUCACACACGCGAGUACAAGAUAGGUAUUUGUGUUUGGUCUUGGAAAUAAUCCUCUUAUGAAUAAUAAAUUAUAAACGUUUAAAUGUAUAAUAUUUUAUUAGUACCUAUAUUAUAAUAUAUUAAGAUAUGUUGGUUACUCGUGAAACACCAAUUUCACUGAAGAAACCAAGCAUUUUUAUUUCUUAUUAACGGUUGUAUAAACAUAAAUUAUUAUAAAUGAUUAAUUUAUAUAUGCUAGCCAUAGCCCAUAGGUACCUACUUUUAUAUUUCUUAAUAGUUUAUAUCUCUACGAAAUACAUAGUAUAAACACGAGUUUUAAAUCGUACAAUUUCACUCGGGAAUAUUUUCAUUGAAAAGAAUAUCGAACGAAACUUAAAUUGAAUGUUUUUGAGAAUUAACCACACAUACUUCAAGAUUCUUACGUCUGUAUAAAAAUAACUUAAUAUUAUAAUUGUUUGAUUUUGUAUAUAUAUAAUAUAUAUGACCAACACUUUUAUCUUAUUUGUUAUUAAU